GUCCUCUGCGACUCCCAGUCUGGCUUCGCUCUUCCAGCAUUUUACCUUGCUACUUCGUGCAGAAGCUUCCGUCUAUUUGGGAUUAUUUUCUUGCCAUAGAGACAGGACAGAUAUUUCUUACAACUUUUCCUUUUUACGCACGAGACGAGCAUGAGCUUCAGGGAGAGGUGACUUAGUUCGAAGUAAAUUAAUGCUUAAACGUCUGACAUGGCAAAACCUUUAGAUCACAUCAAACGACCCAUGAACGCUUUCAUGGUGUGGUCCAGAGGCCAGAGGAGGAAAAUGGCCCAGGAGCACCCAAAGAUGCACAACUCUGAAAUCAGCAAGAGACUCGGCGCGGAGUGGAAGCUGCUGCCCGACUCCGACAAGCGUCCGUACAUCGACGAGGCCAAGAGGCUGCGGGCUCAGCACAUGAAGGAGCACCCGGACUACAAGUACAGACCCCGGCGCAAACCCAAGAGCCUCCUCAAGAGGGAACACUUUGUGUUCCCGCUACCGUCGUUACUCGGGGACGCAGCGGAGCACUGGAAGGGAUUCUCCGUGGACUCCUUUCUGGUCCCCGGGGAUAAAGCCAGAGCGUUCCUCGCCCCCGUCCCGUCCCCAUCUUCCUUCUCGCUGCUGGAGCCGGUGGCGCAGUUCAGCCCGGCAGCUGUGCAGCGGAUGGCGGAGAUGCCGCACGCCGUGGCCGCCGGCGCGCUGCCCUACGGCGCGCACGCGUUUGGAUACCAGACUGGAGGGAUCGGGGGUCUGGCUUGCCACGGACAGCACGCCCACACCCACACUCACCCGUCAGCCUCCGGCCCGGGGUACGCGGUGCCGUGUAACUGUAGCGCCUGGUCUGCGGCCAGUUUGCAGCCCCAGGUGGCCUAUAUCCUCUUCCCCGGAGGGAGGACCAAGAGCGGCAUUGACUCGUACACUUCACCCAGCUCUAGUGUGUGAGGGACUGGAUAUUUGGGACUAAAGCAAAAAUAAAUGCGCUAUAAUACAUACAAUUAUCAUCUUACAAAUAUUCCAGCAAAAGUGGAUAUUGUGCUUGUUCCAGCAGAUAUCGAGUCCGUUCAAAAUCUACUGAGCACAAACAAACACUCAAGUUGCUAAAUUAAUGCUGGUUGUUCCAUAUUAAUUCAGAGCAAAAAUGCUAUUUUGUUACAAAAAAAGAAAUCCAAAGCAAUUUAAAAAAUGAAAUGCACGAUGCUCACGCAGAUGAUAAUAGGAAAGCCUGAAGAGACCCAUGUGUUUUUUAUUUAUUCAUUUAACCCUACAGGUCAUAACUCAUAGACCUUCAAUCUUAUGUUUGGACAGAAACACUUGUUUGUUCUAUUAAAUCUGUCUCAUUAUGAAGGCCUGUUAUUUCAUUUUAGAACUUUUAUUAUUGUAGUGUAGAUAAGACAUUUUUACAUAAAACCCAUAAACCCAUAAAACAUUGUUUAAAAAUGUGAGUUUUUCUUUGAAGCUGGACAAGAAAUGUGUGAGUUAGAAACAUCUUAUAAGAGGCAACGUCAAUUUUGGAUAAUAAGUCAUAUGAUUUGAACGAGAUUACCGUUUUGGGGGUAAUCUGUUAUUUCUUGCAUUAUUUUAAUGUUUACUGCAGUUAUGUAAUUGAUUGGAUAUACUUUUAUGUCAAACAUCAUUUGUAAUGAUAACUUGGGCAAGUAUGUUUUAUUUAACGUUUCUUAACCCCUCAGGUUAAACAUCUUCACCCAACUGACCAUCAAAACAAAGUUAAAAUGUAGUCCCAUAACGUUUGAGGUCCUUUGUAUGAGUUUCGUUGUGUGUCCGUGUUUGUGGGAGCGAGAGUGAGGCUCAUGAUAAGAGAAGAAUAGAAACUUCUCUCCAGUUGUUGACAGAGUGAUAAGGUGAAACGUUGAAUCAUAGAAAUCGUAUGAGCUGUUUGUUUCAAAGUUUGUAAGAGGCAACGAGUCCUCACCCGGAAACCACCAAGCCUUGUUCUCUGUGUCGAUUCACUAUGUGAUGCAGAAUAAUUAAAGAUGAAGGACUGGACCCCUGAUGCUG